AUGGACGGCUCACGAGUCCACCCAGAAAACUUCCACUCAAUCUACACCAAGGCCUGCGAAGCCUUUACUCACAAACUAGAAUGCCAAAUCUUCGCCCUCGUGACCACAGCCCCCAACCCCGAUAUGCAGGACAUCCCGACCCGCCUCGACGAGCUCGGCGAGCGGGCCAUGCAGAUCGGAUUCCUGGGUGAAGUGGGCGAGGUGGCGAUCCGGGAUGAUCCCCGUGUUUGGUCCCGUUGGGGCAGUCUGCCCAUGAAGGAGAUUUGCUUUUUGAUAAAGUACGAAUUGAGGGUUUUGAAGGAUGAACUUGCUUGUAGUGCGCCGGCGCCGAUGAUUGUGGCGGAUCUUUUGGUGGAGAUUAUGGAGGGAUUGCCUUUUUGA